UUAUUAUGUAAGGAAAUAAGAAAGAAAUUAAGUUAAUUGUCGUUGGUGAUGGAGCAAUCGGAAAAACUUGUGCUUUAUAUAGUUAUGUAAAUGAUAAGUUCCCAACUGAAUAUGUUCCUACUAUUUUUGAUAAUACAUUAACCCAAAUUUAAAUUAAUGGAGAAGAAUAUUAAUUAUCAUUAUGGUAGAAUUUUUAUAAAAAUUUAUAGGGAUACAGCAGGAUAAGAAGGUUAUGAAAAUUUAAGGUAAGUCUGUUAUUAAGGAACUGAUAUAUUUCUUGUUUGCUUUUCUAUUAUAAGUAGUGCAAGUUUUGAAAAUGCUUUAAAAAAGGUAAUCUAAAAUAAUUAGAUAUUUUAGUGGCUCCCUGAAAUUUAAGCAUAUUAAAAAAAUGGAAUAAUCAUGUUAUUAGGAUUGAAAAAAGAUUUAAGAGACCCUAAAGAUUCAAAUCACAUUUAAUUCAACGUUGCAGAAUAAACUAUUAAGAAAAUGGGAUUCGACUAUAAAGAAGCUAGUGCUAUGACCUAAGAAGGAUUAAAAGAAGCUUUUACUUAUUCCAUAUAAACCCUAAUUAAAAAAAGGUAAGAAUAAGUUUAAGUUAAAAAACCAAAGAAGUCAAAUUGCUAAUUAAUUUGA